CGCGGGACGUUAGCCGAAGCGGGAGAGGCUGCCGGGACUGGUGGUGCUGAACGUUCCGCGGUUGAGGAUGGUAAUACUCCGACGCUGGUCUGCAGGAGGGCACUUCUAAAGACACGGAAGAACGAGGCAAGUUUUUGCCAAACGUGCCCCUUCGUCCCAACACGCUCCCACUCCUACCCCACUAUUGGAUCAAAGUGAAACAAGCUUUCGUACUCAGCAGUCUCGAGGAAACACGAGAUUUGCCAAGUUGAGAGAGAGAGAGAGAGAGAGAGAGAGAGAGAGAGAGAGAGAGAAGUAAACUCUCACAAACUCAAUACAGAUACAGACAUCUCAAAAAAUCUACACACGCAACACAGUCUGGUUGUGAGGAGGAAGGGCAGAGCAGCAAUAUCAAACCGGGAAAGUAACUCAACUUUUUCGUCUCUCCGUAAGUGUGACAAGUGGCGGCAAGUUUACGACACAGAUGAACUACGACACAAACAGGCACGAGCUGGUACGUGAGUUGGAGUCAGCCUUCACCUUAAGCACAGGCAGCGAUGGGAGUACUGACGGCAUGAUGAGCUUUCCCUCCAGUAACUUAUCCUCGCUGAACGACUCCUUGUUCCCGGAUGACAUACUAGACGAGGGCGGAGGGCACACGAGGCGCAGGAAGUUCAAUCUGUCGUUGCUUGACCUGGAGCGGCUGUUCCCGACCAUGGAAGCGGUGUCGGCGGAUAUGCAGGUGUUCCUCAUAGCCGUGUACUCUCUGGCGGCGGCUCUCAGUCUUCUGGGCAAUGUUACUGUCAUCCUCGUCCUCGCGUUCGGCAAGAGGUCGUCAGUGCGAUGCUACCUAAUCAACUUGGCGGUGUCUGACAUCACCAUGGCUGCCUUCUGCAUCCCUUUCUCCUACACGAGCAAGUACGUACGGAAUGCAACCCGAGAGAUUGUGGCCUCUAUGUCCCGGAGUGUGGUGCGUGAACACAAGGCACUCGUCCACCCGCUCAACACCCGCUGGACCAAGUCACGUUCGCGGCUGGUGAUCGGCUGCAUCUGGGUGUUCUCCGUGGGCAUCUCCAUAGUGCCGCUCGUUGUAUCCGACGCCGAGCGAUUCAACUGGGGCGGCGAAUGGUAUUACGAGUGUAAGGAGCAGUGGCCGCGGACGCAGAAUGAGGUGUACGAGAAGACUUAUACGGUGGUGCUGUUCGUGCUGACCUUCGCCUUGCCGGUGGGUGGGCUGGGCUACACAUACCUGUCCAUCGUGGCCAUGAUGUGCGCCUACAGGAUGCCGGGCAAUGCAGAGCCCUCCAGGGACCAGCACCACCUCCACGCCAAGAUCAAGAUGAUCAACAUGAUGAUUGCCGUGAUGGUGUGCUUCGUGUUGAGUUGGUUGCCGCUACAGGUGCUCCAAUUUCUCAUCUACUUUGUGCCUGAGAUCACCCAGUGCCGCGGUCGCCAGUGCUUCACUUACUACAUGAGUUUUUUCGUGUGCCACUGGGUUGCCAUGGCCAACUCCUUCAUGAAUCCCUUCAUCUACUGCUUCAUGAGCAAGAACUUCAGGGAGGACUUCCUACAAUUCUUGCGGAAGUGUGGCUGCAGGAGGGACACGCGCCGCCGCCGGUCGCCGCCCUGGAGCCACAGCGACCUUGGCUCCUCCUUCCGGUCCAUCCUUAAUAUCACACAUAAAACUUCAGUACAAAGCCCCAGCAGAGCAGGCCUGAGAGCGAGGCAGGACAGCCAACGAGAACCUGAAGACACUGAACUCAGGCUUUUACAGCCAUCACACGGCAGCUUAAGAGACUAUCAAGUUUGUCGAAGUUCAGCGAAAUGGAGGGUAGUAAGAAGCAGCAGCGGGCGGGGUGUCUCGGGCAGGACUGUGCUGGCCGUGAAGACAUCAGCUGUCGCCUCUACCAUCAUGAGGGACCCUUACAAGAAAACCAACGGUGAACAUCACCACGACUCGCCUCCUCUAAGUUGCAUCACUCAGCGUCCAAAUGAAGUCUCCUCUCCCGCACCCAAGCAAUGCUCCCCAACUCUUAUGGACACUCAGCUCACAGACGAAAUCUCAGAAAUUCCUGAUAAUAACUGUUUUACUAAAGUAAACUUACAAAGGGAAAAUUAAUGUGAGUGCCAAGCGUGACCACGAGCAAGUUUGUGGUAUGCGGUGGUGUGACAGGCGAAGGAGACUUGCUGUGACACAUGCCCAUGUACACAUGUAGUUGUGCAUGUACGAGAAAGGACAGUGGGCAUUGCGUAUAGGUCGCGGCCAACCCAUUGCCGCCAUAUUGAUAUCAGGAGAUAUGAAUGGAAUUCUCGCAAGCACCAGUUGUUAGUACUAAACAUUGAUUAUCGCAAGCAUGAAUUAUGAAUUGAAAAUGUGAUAUACUUUGUCACAGAAGGGGACAGUCCACUGGUUAUAUUUAGAUUUCCCAAAUAUAUGUUUCAUGAGAGAAACAUUGCCAUUAUUGUUGACGGGAACAGAGAAAUCCCCACUCUUAUGAAAUGCCGCCUCACCUUCCCAACGAUUGCACCGCACUGAGUUACCACUGACAUACAUUUUUUUUUUUUCUUUACGCUAUGGCCUAUAGACCCUGUA